CCACCGCGCCCCGGCACCCGCGCUCGGACCCGGGGCGCAGCGGCAGCAGGCGUCAUGGUGUUCGCUCCAGGUGAGAAAGCUGGCAGUGAGCCGGAGGAGGUGAAGCUGCAGAAUGCCAGCAGGCAGAUUGUGCAGACAGCCAUCCUACAGGCUGUGCAGCAGGUCUCCAGGGAGAGCCGGCGGGGGGACGACAGAGCCAGUGACAGCCGGGGGCGCUGCCAGCUGGGCGUGCGGGAGCUCCCCAAGAAGCGCGACGUGAAGUAGCAGAGUGGAUGCGGCUCUUGCGCUAUGCGGUCCCCAGCCUGCCUGUUAGUAUAAGACACGCCGCCAAAUGUUGCCAGUAGAGGAAACCGAAGUGUCCUGGACACCCAGCUGCAGGAUAAGCUCACGCUCGCCCUUGACCGAGAAGCACUGUUUCUCAAAAGUGCAUUAGACGAUGCUUCUGUUCACAGCCAUGCGGUGCCUCAGACGGCGGGGCCGAAUGUGACCUCGGCACCGCGAAAGGAGUUUUGCAGCACAAUUUUAGAGGUUUUCUUUUAAAAGAGAAUUCUAAGUCUUGUUUAUUUACCUCGCCUGUUAUGUACUCUUUCUGUGAACUCAGCCAGCAGGUUUUGCCUUUCUUUUCUUGUUUUCUGAAAUACGGAGUGUAGUUCUGUGUUCUUUAUAAAUAUUUUAAAAAGAUGCUGAAGAGGUGAAGAAAUGGAGUUUUAGCCCCUUUGAAAUAUAGAACUGAAGGCUUUUAUGAACUGGUCCAGGCCCAAUGUCAAAUUAAGCAGACAAAUUCUAAGACCCAGCUCCCUGAUGUCUCCAGCUUAUAUUUGUAUUAUUUAGAGCAGUGUGGGCUUUUAAUCCUCUCUUUGCAAUCUUUUCAUCUAGAUUCUCUGAGUGAUUUCAUAGUUCAUGUUUACCUUCUGUGCAGAGAUCCACUGGGAAUAGUAUGGAUUUCUUUUUUCUGUCUCAAGGUUAAAUAAAAUAAAGCAAGUGCAUG